AUGAACUAAUCUAGGUAUGCCUCACUAAGAAACAAUAACUAGCGCUAACCAAUUUAAAUUGAAGUUAUUCCAAAUAAACUAUAUUGGAUUAGCUCGUUAAUUGUAAACAAGAGAGAUGAUAAUUCUUAUUCUAUAUGCACUGAUUAUGAUUACGUAUACUCUCCUUUCUUUAAAGACUUUGGUCCGAUUCACCUUGGCCUAAUCCAUAAAUAUAUAAUCACUCUUGAUAAGCUUCUUUCUGAUCCAAAUCUGAAUAAUCUAAAGAUCAUUCAUAACACAACUCUUGAUUUAACUAAAAAAACUUCUUCUGCCUUCCUCAUGGGCUGCUACAUGGUAAUAAAAUUAAAUAUGUCACCAGAAGAUGCAUGGUAUAAGUUUUAAAGCGCUGGUUAAUUUCGCCCUUACAGAGAUCCUGCAAACAAUACAUGCUAUGAAUAAAGAUUAAUUGAUUGCUGGAAAGGUUUAAAGAAAGCCAAUUCUCUUGGAUGGUAUAAUCCAGAUACUUUUGAUGUUAAAUAUUAUAAUCAUCAUAGCAAACCUGAAAAUGGAAAUUUUAAUAUCAUAGCUCCUUCCAAAUUUGUUGCUUUUAAUGGACCUUAUUUUACUAGAAUAGAUUUAAGAGGAUAUAGACGCAACGUUGUUGAAGAUUAUAUAGAACCAUUUAGAUCUCUUGGAGUUACAACUAUUGUGAGACUUAAUUCUAAGGAUUAUGAUGAAAAAAAAUUCAUAAGUAAAGGAUUUAGGCAUCUAGAUUAUUUUUUCCCUGAUGGAACUGCCCCUAGAAAAGAUUUAAUUCAAAAAUUCUUAAAUUAAAUUGAGAGUAUUGACGGAGUUAUUGCAGUUCAUUGCCAUGCUGGGCUAGGCAGAACAGCAACAAUGAUUGGAGCAUAUGUUAUUAAGCAUCAUAAAUUUACAGCAGAUGAAUUUAUAGCUUGGGUUAGAAUUUGCCGUCCUGGUAGCGUACAUGGGCCUUAGUAGCUAUUAUUAAAGGAAAUAGAGCUAGAUCUACUAAACGAAAGAACUCUUACAGGAGGAAAUUCUUAUAAUGUAGCACCAAAAAAUAUAUAUACAUCGAAAAAUUAAAAUUAAAUUAGAAGUAACUCUCUUACUAAUGUUGGAGUAUAAAAUUAAUAAAAAAAAACAUCUCCUUUGCAAUAGAGUAGAAAUUUAUCUUUACCUUAAGGGUAAUCUUAAACUCCAAGCUCUUUAAAUAAUGAAAAUAUAACAUUUUCAGAUUAAAUAAUAUAAGAAUCAUCUAAUUAAUCUUAAAAAGAAAACCAAGAAAAAUAAGAAAAUAAAAAUGAUAUUUUCUUUACACCUUAAAAAACUUAAAAAUCUUUAGCCAGCACAAAUAAUGUUUUUAACAAGACAUCUUAUAAUUUUGUAUCAUAAAAAUAAUCAUAAGCGUUUAAUCUCCCACAAAUAAAUUCUCAUAGACAAGAUCCUUUCAACAAGUCUCUGCUAACAAACAACAGUAUUAAAAAUAGAAAUACAAUGUAUAAAAUAAAUAAUCCUUAAUCAAAAGUUAAAGAAAAUAACUUUUUUUCAAAUAAAUAAUCAAAUUAGUCUCCAAUUUAAAAAGUGAUCAACCAAACAAAUGCUGUUUGA